AAACCAAACACCACCGUGCGAGCUCUCUCUCUCUCUCCCCUCCCCCCUCCUCCUCUUUCUCUCUCCUCCCCUUCUCCUCUCUCUCUCCUUCCGCUGAUUCCGUCACCGCCUCUCUCCCGCCGCCCACGCGGCCACCGGAACCCGCCGCCGGGGACGGCGAAUCCGGGGCGGCCCCGCCCCGAAUCGGCGCCGCCCGCUCCCAGAUCUCCCACCCCUUCCCCGGGGGCGCCUCCGCAUGUCAUGAGCCGCCCCCAUUUGCCCAAAGACGACCACGCCUUCGCCAAUGGGUUCUUGUUCGACGGCGUGGCCCGCCGCCCCGGCGAGAUCGAGGAGGCGGCCGCCUUCGCCGCCGCCGCCGACGUGGCCAUCACCAUAGCCGCCGAGCAGUCCGGGUCCCCCUCGUCGUCCACGGCGCCGCCGAUGUCGUCGUGCGGGCAGUACAUGCUCCACCGGGUGGGCAAGCUCGACACCCUCGCCGGGAUCGCUAUCAAGUACGGCGUCGAGGUAGCGGACAUCAAGAGGCUGAAUGGCCUAUCAACUGACCUCCAGAUGUUUGCGCACAAGACGCUGCGGAUUCCGCUCCCCGGGAGGCAUCCUCCGUCGACUUACCAGCAGAACGGUUCAUAUGAGGGUGAUGACAGGGAAUGUACUCCUCCACGUCGCCUUCAUGAUGAUAUAUUGGAUUCAGUUUUGAGAACACCAAAGCACAAGGCUUCACCAGCCAUGAGCCUUCUGCAGGGGUACUAUGGUCUCACACCACCUCCAAAGAAGGAUACGACACAUGAAGGCACAGAAAUGGCAGUAUAUAGAAAAGGAAAAUCUGUUUUCUUGGAUGAUGACCCAUGGUUUGGAGAGCCGCCAGAUUCCGACCCAUUCCCUUUUCAACAUAGGAAAACUAGAAGUCUUGCAAUAGGUUCUUCUCUUCUGAAUGGCGAGACUGAGGAGAAUGGCGACAGCGAAAAGUUGAUAAGGCGACGCCAGAAAGCUGAUGGUGAGUUGUUACCUAGGGAAGAAAAUGGUAGUAGUGCUGUCCUAGCAAGGGCUGGGAAAGGCCUGGCGUUGAGGCCUAAGUCGGGCAGUCGACAAGAUUUGAACAAGAGCCAGCAGAAUCUCAUUGCAUUGGCGGAGCCUUCUUUCGGUGAUGGGUUGCAUGCUGUAAGGAAAUCGUCGAGCACUCCGGAGUUCCAAGAGCCAGAGAGCAACAGCAGCAGCACCAGUUCCUCCAUAUGGUCGACAAGCAAGUGGACCUUAAAACCAGACGCUUUCACUCUCCCUCUUCCCCUCCCUCUUUUUGACAACAUUCCAAAGCCAAUCGCUGCUUGGAGAAACAAGGCGGCUCGAGAUUAGUAGCUUAUAGUCUCUUGGUUUUGCACAACUCCUGUUCUAAAGCAAGGCCCUGUAAGCACCCCCCGGAGGAGCUUCGGUUGACAACAGCUCUUCUGAGAGUUGGAAGCAGAGCAGAGGACCUUGUGGACCUUGGUUACUUCUUCCUGGGUGGCUGGAGCACAACUCAGGAAGAUCAAACACAGAGAUGGUUCAGAGAUUAGCUUCUGUUUUAUGGUUCCCUUGUUAUAUUGGAGAUGUUGCAACGAGUAGCAGCAUCAGUUUCUUCAGUUAAGUUAUAGAUGACACAGAGCCUUGGAUACUGAGGGUAUUCUUUUGUACACAAAUGCAGAUAAAUGUAGGGAUCGAAAGGCGGCUAUAUAUGUUGUAUGUGUGAGAACUUCGCUGAUAUAGAAAAGUAUCGUCAUUAUUUACCUUCCAAA